AUGGCUCAGCAGGGAGUUCUGCUGGACCAGGACCAGUUCUGUUGUUCUGUCUGUCUAGAUCUACUGAAAGAACCGGUCACCAUCCCCUGUGGACACAAUUACUGUAGAAGCUGUAUUGAGGGCUGCUGGGAUCAGGAUGUUCUGAAAGGGGUCUAUAGCUGUCCUCAGUGCAGAGAGACCUUCACUCCAAGGCCUAAUCUGAGGAAGAAUAACUUGUUGGCUGAGAUGGUGGAGAAACUGAAGAAGACAGGACUCCAGGCUGCUCCCCCUCCUGCCCUGUGCUAUGCUGGACCUGGAGAUGUGGCGUGUGAUGUCUGCACUGGGACCAGAAAGCAGAAAGCCCUCAUGUCCUGUCUGGUGUGUAUGGCCUCUUACUGUGAGACUCACCUCCAAUCUCACUAUGAAUCUCCUGCUUUGAUGAAGCACAAGCUGGUCAAAGCCACCACACAACUACAGGAGAAGAUCUGCUCUCAUCAUGACAAACUGCUGGAGGUUUACUGUCGUACCGAUCAGCAGUGUAUCUGUAUGCUGUGUACAAUGGAUGAACAUAAAGGCCAUGAUACAGUGUCAGCUGCUGCAGAGAGGACUGAGAAACAGAGGCAGCUGGGGAUGAGUCAGCAGAAGGUCCAGCAGAGAUUCCAGGAGAGAGAGAAGGAGCUGAAGGAGCUCCAACAGGCUGUGGAGUCUUUCAAGCGCUCUGCACAGACAGCAGUGGAGGACAGUGAUCAGAUCUUUACUGAGCUGAUCCGCUCCAUUGAGAGAAGGAGCUCUGAGGUGAAGGAGCUGAUCAGAGCCCAAGAGAAGGCUCAAGUGAGUCAAGCUGAAGGACUCCUGGAGCAACUGAAGCAGGAGAUAGCUGAGCUGAGGAAGAGAAGCACUGAGCUGGAGCAGCUCUCACACACAGAGGAUCACAUCCAUUUCCUCCAGAGUUACAAGUCUCUCUCCAGUAUCAGUGUAUCUUCAGACUUACCCAGCAUCGUUGUCCGUCCUCUUCAGUACUUUGGAGAUGUGAGUAAGACUGUGUCUGAACUGAGAGAGAAACUAGAAGACUUUGGAUUCAAUAACAAGUCCUGGAGUUUACAGUACUAUAGUGGUGGUUAUUGUUUCAGACACAAUAAUGUUGAGACUAAAGUAUCAGGCCCUCAGUCCUCCAGAUAUCAUUGA